CAUUACUGAUGCCUUCGUAUUACGGCUUUGACAUCUACAAAGUACCCGUGACUGGAAGCAUGCUCAGUGCCAACCUCCGUACCGCCUGUGAAGCCCAGGGGAUGCAGACGGUGUGCCGAAGGGCCACCGAAGAGGCGGGACCGGAAUAUUGGUUUUCCUACUGUCAAACCAUCCCGGUUGGGACUGAAAUAUCAGCAACAGAAGGAAAUCACCCAGUUCUAGCAUAUCAUUUGUGUGGUUCCAAGCUUCCAAAGCCAUGCGCGCCACUGCAUGAUACUUUUGUUGCUGUACCGGGCUGGUUUGCCAAUGACGGCGCGUGUGGAGUCAGAACAUCUGCUUGGUGCGCCAAUGGCAACGACUUCAACAACAAGGACGCUCUUUGUGCCAGAGUUUCAGAGGAAAGCAGUGCAGCGUACCAGGAGGAGCCGACCUACCACUGCAAUGGCGACAAGCCGUCCUACGUUACCAUGGCAACCAGCGGCACGAUAACCAGUGGGGAUGAUGGGUGGGGGAACUACAGCAGCGACAGUCUGUGCAGCUGGACCAUCGAAGCACCGUCUGGAAUGGGCGUGUCACUGACCUUCCUGACAUUUGACCUGGCCGAUGAUGGCGACUGCCUAUCGGACUACGUCGCGGUGUAUGACGGGAGCAGCCAAAGCUCUGCUCUUCUGGGCAGGUUUUGUGAGAGUAACCCUGGCGUUGUGAACAGUACGGGCAACUUGAUGCACGUUACCUUUGUCACCAACUCGGUACUUCAGGCGUCAGGGUUUCGGGCAAGUUUCAAGAGGCGUACAGGUAAACGUCCUCUCAAGUUAUGUAAUUUCAACAGAACAUACAGCUGGCUCAGUUGUUAA